GCCGCCCCGUCGAAUUUCCGGGUAAUUUCGAGACCACUUUUCGGAAGCUGCCAAAUGUGGCGUACGGACACUGCGGGCCGCUGCAGCCGCGCCGUCUGACCAAAAGAAGCGUGCUCUACCGCCGGACGAACGUCCAACCCAAAAAGAGAGCGAGCAUUCUUUUAGUGCAUUCGAAUGUUGUUUUUGGUUCUACCGCCCGCCCGCCCUCGCGACCUAACCUCUUCGGCAGUUGGCAGACCUGACGCUUUUCCGUGCCGUGCCGUGCCGUGCCGUACUCGACAGUGUUCCGACAAAGUCAGCCGAGGACGGGUGACGGCGUGUGGGCGCGAUUAACUGCCUAUCAGUUAUUGACACAGUUUUCGAUUUGAGAAGCAAAGUUUUGAUUUCUUUUGAACCACUGUUUCAACGUUGCCGUGAUCUCCAACGCUGUGCGCUCGCCGCUGAGAACUUCGCGUUUCCCAAAUGGCCGACACGACCUGUGAGAUGGACGCGCUGAACGACGACGAGCUGCUGCUGGUUUUGCAGUACGUGGACAAGGACGGACUGCUGAAGUGCCGCGAGGUGUGCCGCCGCCUCAGGGACCUUGCCGUCCACCCGGACGUGUGGCGUUCAAGGAGCAUCCUUCUGCACGAACUUUCGCUCCCGUUCCUGCGACUUGCUCCCUGCGCCCACUCCCUAGAACUAGGAAAUAUGGACGAAAGAAUUCUCGACGUAAUCGAAUCCAACCUCGUCGCUGCUGCUCGCACGAGGUGCGCGGUGGCUCAGCUCGUUCUGAAAGUCGAUGUUGAUGACACGUUGUCCGACAUCCUGGCCGACAUCAUCCUCAACCAGUCCAUGCUUGGGCGUCUGAAGAAGCUGGAAGUCAUUCUUAAUGGGCCAUCAUGGCCGGGGGAACGACUGCCAAACGCAAUAUUCGCUGCGAGGUGCCUGAGUGAACUUUCCAUUAGCACUUUUCAGCUUACGCCGACCGGCGUUGUCAUUGAGCCGUAUGUAGCGACAUUGAGGAAACUAAAGAUCCGUGGCUUUAUGAGUGACACCAUGUUGGAGACGGUGGAAAACCUGCUACGCGGACAUGCCGCGACCCUAGAGGAGGUGGAAUUGUGUCUGCACUUUUUCACGCCAGACUGUAGUUUUGACUGCGGGCGUCUGGUCGAUGCCCUCAUCAUGAUUCCUAACCUUCAGAAGCUCAUUUGCCCGCCCCUUAGCGGCUUCGACCGCCUAAAGCAGUGCACAUCACUGACUAACUUCACCCUAUUCUUAACGGACUUUAAGCACGUGAAGAGUGUUGAGCGGUUUAUGCGUAACAACACUCAACUUACAUACGUUGGGAUCAAUUGCGAUUUGCGUGUAAGAAAUGAUGAGUGCGUUGAGAAAUUUGAUCACAUGCUCAUCCUGCUCUCAGCUCUCUUUGAGUCCGGCAAAUCUAAAGUCUCCACUUUGCAGUUAGUUGUUGAGGAGUGCAGCACGCCCUCCCCUUUUUACGAGCAGCUUAUUCCCAAACUAGCCGAGUCUAAACUGGAGUAUCUUGAACUUAAAUCUAGACUAUAUGUAUCUGAGCUGAGGGAAAUCUUGACGCUGCUGCCGGAAACCACCCCACGUUUAACUCGACUUGGGUUUGGCCUUCAAGGGUGCCUGCAUUACUGGCUGCACGACAAAAGUUUUCGGGAUAUGUUUCUGCACAAGGAGUUUAAGAGCGUGUUGCUAGACCCGCAAACCUGUACCCUUAAUUAUAAAACAUGUUGUGAUAUUUGCAAACUGGGUUGUCACAGAAAUAACGAGGUGCGUUGGACCAGCCUUGUAAAUGGAAUUUUCGAAGUGGAGGGCGACUCUUAUUUCUAGUACUACAAUGUCUUUUACUAACAGCGUUUGGAGGUUUUGAAUUGACGUUCUUCGGCAUUAAUUAAGCAGAAACCCUUUUAUGUGCUGGUUAAUGUAAAAUACAUUGAAAACUAGUUGUUUUUGUGCUUCAAUAUGAAGGCCUCUCUUCAUAUUUUUUACUUCUUACCGACCAGCAUUUGCUUAGCACUUGUCAGAGUAUUUUUACCGAAAUUUUGUUGUUUGUGGAAGUCGUAAAUGCAAGUCGGCAAUCGCUUGAAUAAGAUUUGCCUGUGCGAAAAAAAUUAUAAUUAGUGUCUUAAAAAACAAUGGUACUAUUUCUCCUAGUUUGGUCUAUGUACUUGACCCUUCUAACUUUUGUCUUCACUGUCAUUCUGUCUGCUCCGUUACAUAAUAAAGAGCUUGAUUUG